CCCUCCUCCCCCAUCCCAUCCCAGUCAGCCAAACGCCCAACACCACCUCGUGACUUCGUCCGCAGACCUUCCCUCGCGCUUCGACUCCCACUCCGAUCUCCGGCCAUGGCCGCGGCGCGCCCCGGAUCCCCUGCCCCCAGACGGCUGCCCCCCUCCACGCUCCUCCUCCUGGCCGCCGUCCUCCUCGCGGCCUCGCCGCCGGCGCGCGCCCUCCGGUUCGACCUCGAGUCCGGCCACACCAAGUGCAUCUCCGACGAGAUCAAGGUCGACUCUAUGGCCGUCGGCAAGUACAGCGUGGUCGCCCCCGACCCCAGCUACCCCGACGCACAGCUCCCCGAGUCGCACCGCGUCUCCCUCAGGGUGACGUCGCCGUACGGGAACAGCAUGCACUACUCCGAGAACGUGCAGUCGGGGCACUUCGCCUUCACGGCGGUGGAGGCCGGGGACUACCUGGCCUGCUUCUGGGCGCCUGACCACAAGCCACCCGUCACCGUCACCUUCGAGUUCGACUGGAAGAGCGGCGUCACGGCCAAGGACUGGUCCAACGUCGCCAAGAAGGGCAAGGUCGAUAUGAUGGAACUAGAGCUGAAGAAGCUAGAGGAUACCAUCAAAUCUAUUCACGAGGAAAUGUUUUAUCUACGUGAAAGGGAGGAGCAAAUGCAGAACAUCAACAGGCAGACGAACUCGAGGAUGGGGUGGCUGAGUUUCCUCUCACUUGGCAUCUGCUUAUCCGUGGCAGGGCUGCAGCUGUGGCAUCUGAAGACCUUUUUCGAGAGAAAGAAGUUGCUGUAGUUUCCCCCAUGAUCACAAACAAAUCGUUGCGAAUUAGGGUAUAUUGUUUCUGCCAGCUAUUAACCUAUGUUUCCGAGCGAAUACUCGAACCAUCAGUAAGAAAGAAACCGUCGAUCAUCAUACUUGUGAAAUGCCUUUCUGUGCCCUAGCUUCUCUCCAAUCAAAUACAGUUGUAAAAUGUUCUUUUUUUCUUGAACAGGGGUGAAAUGUUUCUGUUGAUGGUUUCA